CAGGCCUGGUGAUGGCAGUCAUUCGAAGGUCUCACAAACGGUUUGUUGAUUCACAGGCCUGUGGCAGAAACGGGGCGAAACGGUAGCUGGUAGCCGACGCAAUGGCUGAACGUUAUGCCAUCUCCCAGGUGGAGGUACCGGAAGGUGCUGCUGUGCCAGAGCUGGUGAAGUUGAAGAUGGAAACCGAAGCGAAACUGGCCGAGGCAAAGAAGCAAGCGCUGGCCGAGAAGCAGAAGACUCGAGAUGAGGAACGUGCAAAGCUCAAGGAGCGCACGGCUGCCUAUGAGAAGGAGUACGCUGACACUGCCGCAGAGCUUGUGAAGCUGCGACGGGAAGCGAAACUCAAUGGCAACUUCUUCGUCGAACCCGAGGCCAAGCUGCUCUUUGUAGUUCGUAUUGCGGGAAUCAUCAAAAUGAGCCCAAAGCCCAGGAAAGUGCUGCAGUUGCUCAGAUUGAAGCAGUUGCACAAUGGCGUGUUUCUGAAGGUCAACAAACCAAUUCUGAACAUGCUGAAGCUGGUGCAGCCUUACGUGACCUAUGGCUUCCCCUCCUUGAAGACCGUGAGGGAGCUGAUCUACAAGCGCGGCUUCGGCAAGGUCAGCAAGCAGCGCAUCCCUUUGAGCUCCAACGACAUCAUCUCUGACAGCCUGGGCAAGUUGCAUGGCUUGCAUGGCUUGCAUCAGGAUCAAGGCACGGCAUCCACGGAGUGGAGGACAUCAUCCAUGAGAUCUACACCGUGGGCCCAAACUUCAAGCAGGUCUCGAACUUCCUAUGGCCCUUCAAGCUCUCCUCCCCCAAGGGCGGCUUCAUCAACAAGCGUCACGGCUUCUGCGAAGCCAGGGGUGGCGACUGGGGCAAUCGUGAGGAGCUUAUCAACGACCUGUUGCGUCGCAUGAAUUGAGCGCGCUGCCCACUUCACACUCGACCAGCUACCAUCGAAUGUCCAAAA